AUGUCUGAGUUUGACGAGGAGACAGCCUUCUUGGGACAAACGGGACGAUAUUUCUGGUCCACAUUCUUUCUGCUCAACUCCGUCUUCGUCUCCACUGGUUUUAAUGGUCUCUACAUGGUCUUCAUCGGCUCCACACCCGACCACCGCUGCCUGAUUCCAGACCUGAACCUGACCGAGGAGUGGAGGGCCGCGGUGAUCCCGGUGGGGGAGGCAGAGGGGGGAGAGAGGGUAAGGAGCCAGUGCAGCCGCUACAGUCUCCACAUGGUCCGGAACCUGUCGGACCAGGGCCUGCGGCCGGACCAUGUGAACCUGAGCUCUCUGAGUGUGGAGCCCUGUCUGGACGGAUGGAGCUACAGCCGAGACGUCUACAGCUCCACCAUCGUCACCGAGUGGGACCUGGUGUGUGACGACCGGUGGAAAGUCCCUGUGGCCUCCUCUUCUCUCUUCGUGGGUUACCUCCUGGGGUCGCUGAUCUCUGGGCAGCUCUCAGACAGAUAUGGCAGGAAGAAGGUGGUCUUUGUGUCCCUGGGCUCUCAGUGUGUGUCUGUGCUGCUGCAGUCGUUCUCUGGCUCCUGGAGGUUGUUCUGCCUCAUGUUCCUGUUCGUGGGAGCCUCACAGAUAUCACUGUAUCUGUCUGCAUUUGUACUGGGCACAGAGCUGCUGAGUAAGACCAUGCGGGUCAUCUUCACCACACUGGGAGCGUUCUUGUUCUACUGUCUGGGCUACAUGACUCUGCCCUGGAUCGCCUUCUCCAUCCGGGACUGGCGACCUCUGCUGGCCACGCUGGCAACUACAUCUGUGGUCUACAUCCCGCUCUGGUGGUUCAUCCCGGAGUCUCCGCGGUGGCUCGUCACUCAGGGACGCAGACAAGAGGCCGAGCGCAUCGUGAGAGAAGCAGCUAAACAGAACAGAGUAGAGGCUCCUGUGGUGAUCUUCAAGAGUGAGGUGUGUGAGCCUCAGCAGUUCUCCAUGGUGGACGUGUUGAGACACAGGAACAUCCGCUGCAUCACGUUCAUGUGCCUGGGGCUGUGGAUGGCAAUAAACAUUGGAUACUUUGGUCUUUCUCUGAACACCUCAAACCUGAGCGGAGACCCCUUCAUGAACUGUUUCCUGUCUGCGGUGUCCGAGGUCCCGGCAUACGUGGUGUCAACGUGGCUCCUGAAGAGGUGUCCACGGCGCCCCCUGCUGUCCGGCUUCCUGCUGCUUGGGGGAGGAGUCCUGCUGCUGAUCCAGGUCCUACCAGAGGACCUGCCGGCUUUGGCCCUGGUCUUGGAGAUGACGGGGAAGUUCGGUUUCACGAUGGCGUUCGGGAUCGUGUACAUAUUCACGGCGGAACUGUAUCCCACAGUGAUCCGGAACGCGGGGAUGGGUCUCUGCUCGUCCGCGGCCCGAGUCGGGAGCAUCACAGCCCCCUACGUCAUCCACCUCGGUACAUACAGCCGUGCCCUGCCGUACCUGGUGAUGGGCAGUCUGACAGUGGCCUCCUGUGGACUCAACUACUUCCUCCCAGAAACUCUGAACAAAGACCUUCCUGAGACCAUGGACCAAAUGCAGCACUACAAAGGCUGCUGCAGUCGACAGAAGACACAGAAGUGUCUGGAACACGUCCCAAACGGAGGAGUGUCUCUGCACUGA